CUUCGUUCAAAUUGCACACAGUAUCCCUUCUUCCCUGGAGGAGAGCGCCGCAAAUAAAUACGGAUCCGAACGAUACGGCAAACACAUUUCAGCGACGGACUUUGGAGUACCCGACGGUAGGCUACACAAGACGCGAUUCCGAGAGUCAAGUUCGUAUUUAAGGCGAAGGGCUCCAGUUGUGUUUGAAGACCAUGACCAGACUGCUGGGACUUGUGCUCCUGCUGUCAGCUCUCUGCUGCUCCCUGGGGGAUGAGGGGGCGCCACGUCGAUUCAGGAGAGGAACACGGAGCUGGUCAGUCUCUCUCUCUGUAGGCUGUAAGGAUGUGUCAGGGCGGUUGCGGGUUCGAGGGGAGACAUGGCUGCGCUGGAGAGCUCAUAGGGUGGAGUUCUGCCGCUGCUCUGUGAGGGGGCAGGAGCGCUGUCACACGGUGCCCGUCACCACGUGUCCCCAGUCGCGGUGCUAUAACGGCGGGACGUGUAAAGAGGCAGUGUACUCCAGCGACUUCCUGUGCCAGUGCCCGACUGGCUUCUCCGGAGACCGGUGUGAAAUCAAUAUGACUGAGAAGUGCAUUGUGGGCCGGGGACAGAGUUACCGUGGUACCUGGUCCAGCAGCGAAGCAGGAAGUGAGUGUUUAAACUGGAACUCUACAGUUCUGAAGGGGAAAAAGUACAACGCCAAGAGACCGGACGCAAGUACCCUGGGGCUGGCCAACCACAACUACUGCAGGAACCCGGAUAACGACACCAUGCCCUGGUGCUACGUGUUCCAGGGGAUCCAGGUCACCUGGAAGUACUGCAACCUGCCCACCUGUCCCUCAGACCCGAACCUGGAGUGUGUGCAAGGUAACGGGAGGGCGUAUCGGGGGACACGGGGGGUGUCUAAGAUGGGGUCACCCUGCCUGCCCUGGGACUCGCCCCCGGUGGAGAGGAGGAUGUACAGCGCCUGGAGGCCCGACGCCCAAAAACUGGGCCUAGGGAGCCACAGCUACUGCAGGAACCCGGACGGUGACCUCGCCCCCUGGUGUCACGUCUACAAGGGGUCCCAGCUGACGUGGGAGCUCUGCGACAUCCCCAAGUGUGCGAGACGGCCUUCGGGCGCCAGCACGCUCGGCCCUCGAGGAACGACCAUCAGCAACCGAGCCACCUGCGGUCGGCGUGUGGAGGCCCCUGCUUCGGGGCCCACGUUUCGGAUGUGGGGGGGGCAGGAGAGUGACAUCACAGCCCAUCCAUGGCAGGCGGCGAUCACGUACUACAGCCGGCGGUCCAAGGAGCAGGUGUUCCGCUGCGGGGGUGUGCUGAUUGGCUCCUGCUGGGUGCUGUCUGCCGCCCACUGCUUCCCCAAAGACCCGCGUAACAUCGGGCCACUGAAGGUGAUGCUGGGCAGAACCUUCCGGAAGGAGAACUCCAGCAGCGAGCAGAUCUUCAGCGUGGAGAAGUACUGGGUGCACGAAAAAUUCGACCCGGAAACAUACGACAAUGACAUCGCGAUACUGAAGUUGAAGACGGACAUCGGAAUCUGUGCGAUAAACGCCCCUGAGGUUCUGCCCGUCUGUGUGCCGGACCCUAACACCGUUCUGCCCGACUGGACAGAGUGUGAGAUCUCCGGAUACGGGAAAGAGCGCGAAUUCUCGGCGUUCUACUCUGAGCGGGUGAAGAGGGGGCGGGUGCGGCUGUGGCCUCACAAACAAUGCGUCCCAGAGAAGCUCGCCAACCGCAUUGUCACCGAGAACAUGCUGUGCGCUGGAGACACGAGGGGACUGGACGACGCCUGCAAGGGGGACUCUGGUGGCCCCCUGGUCUGUCAGAAGGACGGACGGAUGCAGCUCUUGGGGAUCAUCAGCUGGGGCGACGGCUGCGGUAAGAAGGACACACCGGGGGUGUACACCCGCGUCACCAAGUACAUCGGCUGGAUCAGCCAGAAAAUGGCGGCCGGGGGCGUCUGAGACCGCGACGGCCUGCAGGCUCCGCCCCCUCCGGAGCGGGAUUCAUCACCCCGGUUCACCUCACGGACUGACCCCCCCCCCCGCGCCGUGCGUAGGAAACAGGACUCGUGGCUGUAAAAUUUCAACCUCACCGGGAAAAAAUCAAACGGACACCAAGCGCAAAGAUCGAGGAGAGCACCGCAAUGUUCCGCAGAGCUGCUCGCUCUCUUUUGUGACACCGGAGCACGACCGUGGUGCUACUUUGUAGGACUUUUUAGGACGACGACGAAAUGCAGAAAUAUCGACGAGGACCCCAGCACUCCACCUGACGCACUGCACAGCCAGCUCUGUCUAUAGCCAGCCUCUCUUGUGUACCUUUUCUUUUAAAUCCCCCCUUUUUACGUUAAAAAAACAUUUCUUGACUUUCUGCUCUGAGAAUGAAGCUGUGGCUCAACACUUCAUCCACAGAAAAUGCUUAAGUGAUGGCCACCAUGCCUAACUCGGCUAGCGAUGCUAUACCAUGCCUAACUCGGCUAGCGAUGCUAUACCAUGGCUAACUCAGCCAGAGAUGCUACACCGUGGCUAACUCAGCUAGAGAUGCUACACCAUGGCUAACUCAGCUAGAGAUGCCACACCGUGGCUAACUCAGCUAGAGAUGCCACACCGUGGCUAACUCAGCCAGAGAUGCCACACCGUGGCUAACUCAGCCAGAGAUGCUACACCAUGGCUAACUCAGCUAGAGAUGCUACACCAUGGCUAACUCAGCUAGAGAUGCUACACCGUGGCUAACUCAGCCAGAGAUGCUACACCAUAGCUAACUCAGCUAGAGAUGCUACACCAUGGCUAACUCAGCUAGAGAUGCCACACCAUGGCUAACUCAAUUGCUUGUACUGCAAAGUUUGGCUCCUCACACACCACUCUGAUUCUUUGUCUUCUAAUCACAGGUACCUGGCUCUGGCUGUAUAGUACUGCCCUUUCUAAAACUGCUCGAAUUUGAUAGGAGGAAAAUUUACUUUUAAAUUUGAUUUUGCUGUUGAUAUAUAAAAACUCAUAAUAAAUAGUACUUUUAUUGGAGUUUUGGUAAUUGAGGUCUGUUUUGUAGCCUAUCAUUUAUUUUUUAUAUCUUCCAAUCUUUACACAGAUCUUUUGUAUAAAAAUUUAGUUACGUUUCUUAAUUGAUCUGUCUGAUUGACAGCUGUAGACGUGUACUUCACAAACACUAAACAGUAUGCAUCUGACGGGAAGAGCAGCGACGUUUUUAAUCCCGCCUCCAUAUCCGGUGCAUCCAUGAUCGCCGAUGAUGAGCUGGUCUCGGGAGGUUUGAGUUUGUAGUGCUGCAGCCUGCAGUGGCCACCUGUUAACACCAUACUCCAUUUAAGUGUGCACACCUGGAAUAAACCUUGUGUGUUUUGUGUGUGUUUAGGCCUACCUAUUACGUUCAGAUAAACAUGUUUUAGAAGUUUUUUUUACAUGCGUUUCUUAAGUAAAUAUUUAUGUAUUUAUAGAUGAACAAAUAAUUUUAGCGAUGUGAUAUUCCUGUAUUUUGUCUGAUUUGUAUUUAUUAUUCUGUGUUUUGGCACUUUGGGAAGAUUUGUUAUAGUGUCUCUUUUCUAAAUAAAUCUUUUUCUAUCAA